CGAGAAGUCACUAGUAUGUUAUUUAAAUUCGCUAAUUUUAUUUUGGCUCCUUUCUAAAAAUACCGUACACAGCUCUGUUUAAAAAUAGCAACCACUUCAGUGCUGAACGAAGUUUUAAUGCUGUGUGGACAUAUACCUAAUGUAGCAAGAAAAAAUUUGAAAAAGUAGGAUAAAGUAACCCCUUCAAAAUGGCUGAAGCCGAAGGGGGUUCCGAACAGGAUGAUGUUUCAUUCUUACGAACGGAAGAUAUGGUAUGUCUUUCGUGCACUGCUACAGGAGAAAGAGUAUGCUUGGCAGCUGAAGGAUUUGGUAAUAGACAUUGUUUCCUAGAAAAUAUAGCUGAUAAGAAUAUCCCACCUGACCUUUCACAGUGUGUUUUCGUAAUUGAACAAGCCUUGUCUGUCCGUGCUUUGCAAGAAUUGGUUACAGCAGCUGGUAAUGAAACUGGUCGGGAAAAUUUAGGCAAAGGAACAGGUUCAGGACAUCGCACCCUACUUUAUGGCAAUGCUAUUCUUCUCAGGCACCAAAACAGUGACAUGUAUUUGGCUUGCCUCUCCACGAGCUCUAGCAAUGACAAACUUGCUUUUGAUGUCGGUUUGCAAGACCACAGUCAUGGAGAAGCCUGUUGGUGGACAGUUCAUCCUGCUAGCAAACAAAGAUCCGAGGGUGAGAAAGUACGAGUUGGGGAUGACCUCAUCUUAGUCUCAGUGGCCACUGAAAGAUACUUGCACACGACCAAAGAGAACGAAAUAUCGAUAGUGAACGCUAGCUUCCACGUGACCCAUUGGUCGGUACAGCCCUACGGUACCGGCAUAUCAAGGAUGAAGUAUGUCGGUUAUGUGUUCGGAGGCGAUGUUCUGAGAUUCUUCCAUGGAGGCGAUGAAUGCCUUACUAUACCGUCUACGUGGGACCCUGAACCGACACACAAUAUCGUAAUCUACGAGGGAGGUAGCGUCAUGUCACAGGCCAGAUCACUCUGGAGGCUAGAAUUGGCACGAACCAAAUGGGCCGGAGGCUUCAUCAAUUGGUACCAUCCGAUGAGAAUAAGGCACAUAACGACAGGCCGAUAUCUGGCCGUAAACGAAAACAACGAACUUUACCUCAUCAGCAAGGAGGAAGCGAAUACAGCGACGACAGCUUUUUGUUUGCGCCAGGAGAAAGAUGAUCAGAAAGUUGUGCUGGAAGACAAAGAUUUGGAGGUUAUCGGGGCGCCAAUUAUAAAAUAUGGUGACUCUACUGUCAUUGUUCAGCAUUCUGAGUCUGGACUCUGGCUAUCAUACAAGGCAUAUGAAACGAAGAAGAAGGGCGUGGGUAAGGUGGAAGAAAAACAGGCAAUACUGCACGAAGAAGGGAAAAUGGACGAUGGCUUGGAUUUCAGUAGGAGCCAAGAAGAGGAAUCAAGGACAGCAAGGGUGAUCCGAAAAUGCAGCUCCCUAUUCACACAAUUCAUUAAUGGCUUGGAACAACUCCAGAUGAACAGAAGGCACUCAAUGUUUUUCCACGUCGUAAACUUGAACGAGAUGGUCAUGUGCCUGGAAGAUUUGAUCAAUUACUUUGCUCAGCCUGAAGAUGACAUGGAACACGAGGAGAAGCAGAAUAAACUCAGAGCAUUGAGGAACAGGCAGGAUCUCUUUCAAGAAGAGGGUAUUCUCAACCUCAUUCUCGAGGCUAUUGAUAAGAUCAACGUCAUCACGUCUCAGGGCUUCCUAGCUGCCCUAGCUGGCGAUCAAAACUGGGAGAUGAUCGGUGGUUAUUUGUACCAGCUAUUGGCCGCUAUCAUCAAAGGCAACCACACGAACUGUGCCCAAUUCGCCAAUUCCAACCGUUUAAACUGGUUGUUUUCAAGACUCGGUUCGCAAGCCUCUGGCGAAGGGACAGGCAUGUUAGACGUACUCCACUGCGUCUUGAUCGAUUCUCCGGAAGCCCUGAACAUGAUGAGAGAUGAACACAUAAAAGUGAUAAUUUCUUUGCUUGAGAAACACGGAAGGGAUCCAAAGGUCCUUGACGUUUUAUGUUCACUCUGUGUGGGUAAUGGAGUUGCAGUGAGAAGUUCCCAAAACAAUAUCUGUGAUUUCUUGUUGCCUGGUAAGAAUUUGUUAUUGCAAACACAACUGGUGGAUCACGUGGCAAGCGUUCGACCAAAUAUAUUUAUAGGCAGAGUAGACGGUAGCGCUAUCUAUCAGAAAUGGUAUUUUGAAGUAACAGUAGAUCAUUUAGAACAAACUACUCACAUGAUGCCUCAUUUGAGAAUAGGUUGGGCUAACUCCAAAGGUUAUGUUCCCUACCCUGGCGGUGGUGAAAAAUGGGGUGGUAACGGGGUAGGUGACGAUUUGUAUUCCUACGGUUUUGAUGGGGCUUAUCUCUGGACCGGUGGUAGAAGUACCAGGAUCAUCCACAGUAACAAAGAACCUUUCAUCAGAAAAGCUGAUGUUAUCGGAUGUGCCUUAGACUUGAACGUACCGAUCAUAAGUUUCACUUUCAACGGUGUUCCGAUAAAGGGCAGUUUCCGCGACUUCAAUCUAGAUGGCAUGUUCUUCCCUGUCAUCAGCUGUUCUUCGAAACUCAGCUGUCGAUUUUUGUUGGGUGGAGACCACGGAAAAUUGAAGUACAAUCCUCCGGAAGAAUUUUCACCCCUGGUGGAGAGUUUGUUACCCCAACAGGUCCUCAUGCUGGAACCCUGCUACUACUUCGGCAACAUGGCCAAGAACGUUAUCGCCGGUCCGCUGUUCAUCGAGGACGACACCGCGUUCGUGCCCAAUCCCGUCGACACCUCGAUGGUCACCCUGGCCGGGUACGUCGAGUCCAUCAGGGACAAGCUGGCUGAGAACAUCCACGAGAUGUGGGCGAUGAACAAGAUAGAGGCUGGAUGGCAGUGGGGCGAGUAUAGAGACGACGUGCGGCACGUCCAUCCCUGCCUAGUGCCCUUCGAUAAGCUGCCCCCUGCGGAGAAGCGGUACGAUUCGCAGUUGGCCGUGCAGACGUUGAAGACGAUCAUAUCCUUGGGAUACUACAUCACCAUGGACAAACCGCCUUCGAGGAUCAAGACCAUCCGAUUGCCGAACGAACCUUUCAUGCAAGCCAACGGUUACAAACCGGCACCACUUGAUCUAGGCGCCAUUUCCCUGACUGCCAAACUGGAGGAAUUGGUCGAUCAGCUAGCGGAAAACACGCACAACUUGUGGGCGAAAGAGCGGAUCCAACAGGGUUGGACGUACGGUCUCAACGAGGACCCGGACGUUUACAGAAGCCCUCACCUGGUGCCAUACAGCAAAGUCGAUGACGCCAUCAAGAAGGCUAACAGAGACACUGCCUCUGAGACUGUACGCACUCUCCUUGUGUACGGGUAUAAUUUGGAUCCACCUACGGGGGAGCAACAAGAAACCCUAUUGGCGGAAGCAAGCAGAUCUCGAUUGGCGGCGUUCAGGACGUACAGGGCGGAGAAGAAUUACGCCGUCGGCUCGGGCAAGUGGUAUUUCGAGUUCGAGAUUUUGACGGCGGGGCCAAUGAGGGUGGGUUGGGCCAAGGCCGAUUGUGCCCCCGGGUGUAUGUUGGGGUCGGACGAGAACACCUGGGCCUUCGACGGCUACAAUGAAGAGAAAGUUUACAGUAAUUCUGCAGAAUCAUUCGGAAAGCAGUGGCAAGUGGGAGAUGUAGUGGGGGUAUUUCUCGAUCUCAUUGAUCACACGAUAAGCUUUUCCCUCAACGGUGAAUUGCUGAUGGAUGCUCUUGGUGGUGAAACAACUUUUGCCGAUGUACAGGGCGAUAAUUUUGUGCCCGCCUUCACUCUAGGAGUGGGCCAAAAGGCGAAACUCAUUUUCGGUCAAGACGUCAACCAACUCAAAUAUUUCACGAUGUGCGGUCUACAAGAAGGUUACGAACCGUUCUGCGUUAAUAUGAACAGAGCGGUCACUUACUGGUACACCAAAGACCAACCGAUUUUCGAGAACACCGAGGACAUGUCUGAUACGAAAAUCGACGUCACACGAAUUCUGGCCGGUUCUGAGACCCCGCCUUGUUUGAAAAUCAGCCACAAUACGUUCGAGACCAUGGAGAAGGCCAAUUGGGAAUUUUUGAGGUUGAGUCUGCCCGUCAUCUGCCACUCUCAGUUCAUAACGGAGGAUGAGAAAAUGAGAAGAUGGAACGAAAUAAAGAUCAGACAACACCGGCUCAAAGUAGAGGCGGAUCAGCAAGGGCCGCCAGCUCACAUCGAAAACAUAAUGAAAAGCGGUUUUUCCAUGAGCGACAUCAAAGGUCUGCACCGCAACUACGCCGAAGAUGCCGUGGAGUCUGACGAAGUGAUGAAACAGCCCGCCAAAUCCACCAGAGCUAUGCCUUCUAGACCGCCCAGGAAGGGAUCUCUAUCGAGGAACGUCAAUGGGUUCGAUGAUAACACUCUUGGAGUCAACAUCGGUAGAGGUGUUCACAGGUCUAGCAGCGAGCUAGAUAUCAACAGGUACCAAGAUGCGACAUUGAACCAUCAAGACAAAGACGAGAAAAAGAAACGGGGACGAUCUCCCUUUAGAUUUUUCUCGAAGAAAAAUCGCGAAGCUACUAGCAACGAGAGGACGAAAAUCAAGAAGGCAAAGACACCCGAACCGCCAGGGCGUAGGGCUGAGGAAUUUUCCCCCCAAGGGAGAACUAUGGGCUGGUCAACAAACACGAUGUUGCAAAGGUCGCCAACUGUCAAACACCAGUCACAGAAUGAUCUGCAACCCCAGUCUGCACCGGACAGACAACAAAAACAAUUGACCGUCACUCAACCUUCUGGCAUCGAAGCAGUAGGCAACGAAAUCUACGACGCCGAGUGUCUCAAAUUAAUCAACGAAUAUUUUUACGGUGUUCGUAUCUUUCCGGGGCAAGACCCUACUCACACUUACGUCGGAUGGGUGACCACCCAGUAUCACCUGCACAGCAAAGACUUCAACCAGAACCAAGUGCUCAAAUCUUCAGUCGUUAUAGUCGACGAUUAUGAGAGGAUAGUCGAUGGUGUCGAUAGACAGUCGUGUUAUAUGGUGAGAGCAGACGAAUUGUACAACGAAGUGACUCAGGACGCCUCAGGCAAAGGAGCAUCUCAGGGGAUGUUUAUAGGAUGCUUUCUAGAUGCUGCAACAGGUGUCAUUACAUUCACUUGUGACGGAAAACAAACAUUGCACAAGUUCAAAAUGGAACCCGAGACCAAAUUGUUCCCUGCCAUAUUCGUUGAGGCGACGAGCAAGGAAAUCUUGCAAAUCGAACUAGGCAGAACUUCUACUAGUCUUCCAUUGUCGGCUGCCGUUCUGCAGAACAGUGCCAGACACGUGACCCCUCAAUUCCCUCCCAGACUGAAGGUGCAAUGCUUGAAACCUCACCAGUGGGCAAGGGUGCCGAAUCAGAGUCUUCAAGUUCACGCUCUGAAAUUGUCUGACAUCCGAGGUUGGUCGAUGUUGUGCGAGGACCCUAUAUCGAUGCUGGCGUUGCACAUCCCAGAAGAGGACCGUUGCAUCGACAUUCUAGAACUGAUUGAAAUGGACAAGCUGUUGAGCUUCCAUGCUCACACUUUGACACUGUACGCUGCUCUCUGCUACCAGAGCAACUAUAAGGCGGCUCACGUUCUGUGCAAGCACGUGGAUCAGAAGCAACUGUUGUAUGCUAUCAAGUCUGAGUACAUGAGCGGGCCUCUCAGACAAGGUUUCUACGAUUUGCUCAUCGCUGUGCAUUUGGAGUCAACGGCAACAACAAUGGAAGUAUGCAAGAACGAGUACGUGAUACCCAUUGGACAAGAGCUGAAGGACUUGUACGAGGAUCCAGAAUUGGGACACAGCUUGAGGAGACUCAAAAUGGAAUCCGUACAACCACAGAUGAAAACGUCUGAAAUAACGUACAACAUAGAGAACAUCAAGAACUUGUAUUCACCCUAUUUUCCUCUGGACGUAGUACGUGACUACGUCAUGAUGGCUCUAGCGGAAUCUGUGGAGAUCAACCAAGUGCACAACAGAGAUCCUAUCGGUGGUUCCAAUGAAAAUCUGUUCUUACCUCUCUUGAAACUCGUGGACCGUCUCCUCUUGGUAGGCAUGCUCCGAGACCGAGACGUCGAAAAGCUUCUCAUAAUGAUUUGCCCCGAGACUUGGGACGCCGUGUACGAAAAAGACGGCAAAGACGAGCACCGAAAGGGUCUGCUGUCGAUGAAAAUGGCCGAAGGCGCCAAGUUGCAGAUGUGCUACCUUUUGCACCAUCUCUGCGACAUCCAGCUGAGGCACAGAGUGGAGAGUAUCAUAGCGUUCAGCCACGAUUUCGUGGGGGACUUGCAGACCGAUCAGCUGAGACGUUACAUCGACAUCAAGCAGUCUGAUUUGCCGUCGGCGGUGGCGGCUAAGAAGACCAAGGAGUUCAGAUGCCCGCCUCGCGAGCAGAUGAACGCCAUUUUGUGUAAGUUUAAGAAGUUGACAGGUUUCAAAAACCAAGAGGAAGAAGAAAAGGAAAAUUGCCCUCUGGGCGAGGAUCUUUGCGAAAGGAUGAACACCUUCCACGGCAAACUAAUGAGUCUAGUAUCCUUGCAAGCUUUACAAGCUCCGGAGGAGGAUGAAAAUCCAGAGAACUUAGUCAAACCAGGACCGUUCAAAAAACUGUACAAUCUUAUUAACGCCGUCAAAGAAUUGGAAGAAGAACCGAAAGUAGAGCCCGAGCCAGAAAAGAAAACCCCCGAGGAAACCUUCCGCAAGGUCUUGAUCAGCACUAUAGUGAGAUGGGCCGAAGAAACCCAAAUCGAAACGUCCAAGCUAGUUCAAGAAAUGUUCAGCUUGCUAGUGAGACAGUACGACUCGGUCGGUGAACUAAUCCGAGCUCUGGAAAAAACCUACAUCAUCAACGCCAAAACCAAAGCCGACGUAGCCGAAAUGUGGGUGGGCCUUAGCCAAAUAAGAGCCUUGCUCCCUGUCCAAAUGUCCCAAGAAGAGGAAGAGCUGAUGCGCGAAAGACUGUGGAAGCUCGUCAACAACCACACUUUUUUCCAGCACCCUGAUCUCAUCCGUGUUCUCCGUAUCCAUGAGAACGUGAUGGCAGUCAUGAUCAACACUUUGGGCAGAAGGUCUCAGGCUCAGUCUGAUGCCAGCGCCCAACAACAGGCUAAUGAAGGAGAAGUCGUUGCUAAGGAGAAAGACACUUCGCACGAGAUGGUGGUGGCUUGCUGCAGGUUCUUGUGCUAUUUUUGCAGGACCGGCAGACAGAACCAGAAGGCCAUGUUCGAGCAUUUCGACUUUCUGCUGGACAACAGCAAUAUCUUACUGUCGAGACCUAGUCUCAGAGGCUCGACGCCCUUGGACGUCUCAUAUUCUUCGCUUAUGGAAAACACUGAGCUAGCACUGGCACUGCGCGAGCAUUACCUCGAGAAAAUCGCUAUUUACUUGUCGAGGUGUGGGCUUCAAUCCAACUCGGAGCUAGUGGAAAAGGGCUACCCAGAUCUUGGUUGGGAUCCUGUGGAAGGUGAAAGGUACCUAGACUUUUUGAGGUUUUGCGUUUGGGUUAACGGCGAAAGCGUUGAAGAAAACGCUAACUUGGUCAUCAGGCUCUUGAUCAGAAGACCAGAGUGUUUGGGUCCAGCUCUAAGAGGCGAAGGAGAAGGUCUGUUGAGAGCUAUUGUUGAAGCUAACAAGAUGUCUGACAGGAUAUCUGAUAGGCGAAAGAUGAUGGAUGAAGCUGAAGGUACAGUGGUCAACUGUGCACAAUUCACUCAUCCUUUACCAGAAAGCGAAGAAGACGAGGAUUAUAUCGAUACCGGUGCCGCCAUUUUGAACUUUUAUUGUACAUUGGUCGACCUUCUCGGCAGAUGUGCUCCUGAUGCUUCUGUUAUAGCUUUGGGCAAGAACGAAUCCCUGAGAGCCAGAGCGAUCUUGAGGUCUCUUGUACCACUCGAAGACCUACAAGGAGUUUUGAGCCUGAAGUUCUCUUUGCACAAUCCAGCAGCUGGCGAAGAAAGGCCUAAAUCUGAUAUGCCUUCGGGUUUGAUACCAGGCCAUAAGCAAUCUGUCGUGUUGUUCCUGGAAAGGGUUUAUGGCAUUGAAACCCAAGAACUAUUCUUCAGGCUUCUAGAAGAAGCUUUCUUGCCUGACUUGAGAUGUGCCACAAUGUUAGACAGAAAUGAUGGUAGUGAGUCGGACAUGGCUUUGAGCAUGAACCGAUACAUCGGUAACUCGAUCUUACCCCUUCUCAUCCAGCACAGUAAAUUCUAUAGUGAAGCUGAAAACUAUGCUUCACUGUUGGACGCUACUCUUCACACAGUCUACAGGUUAUCCAAGAAUCGCAUGCUCACCAAAGGUCAAAGAGAAGCAGUGUCUGACUUCCUUGUGGCCUUGACCAGUCAACUGCAGCCUGCGAUGCUGCUCAAACUUCUCAGGAAGUUGACAGUCGACGUUUCCAAUCUGUCAGAGUACACUACAGUCGCUCUUCGCCUGUUGACUUUGCAUUACGACAGAUGUGCGAAGUACUACGGUACUUGUACUGGCCAAGGCAUUUACGGCUCGUCCAGUGACGAAGAAAAAAGGCUGACCAUGAUGCUGUUCUCCAACAUAUUCGAUUCCUUGAGCAAGAUGGACUACGACCCGGAACUUUUCGGGAAAGCUCUUCCCUGUUUGACGGCCAUCGGGUGUGCCUUGCCUCCGGACUAUUCGCUGUCGAAGAACUACGAUGACGAGUGGUACCAUAACAAGUCGGCGAAGACCGGCCCUGAUGGACCAUACAAUCCGCAACCUAUCAAUACUUCUUCUGUGGUUUUGAACAAUGAUUUGAACAAUAUCGUUCAGCAGUUCUCGGAGCACUACCAUGACGCUUGGGCUUCGAGGAAAUUGGAGAAUUCUUGGCAGUACGGGGAGAGUUAUUCGGGAUGGGAGGGUAGCAAGACUCAUCCGAGAUUGAAACCCUAUACCAUGCUGAACGAUUAUGAAAAAGAGAGGUACAAGGAACCGGUCAGAGAAUCCCUCAAGGCCUUAUUGGCCAUAGGUUGGUCGGUCGAGCACACAGAAGUGGAUCUGCCAUCCAACAACAGAAACUCGGGCAUGCGACAAGGCGGCGAGGGUAGCUCCGCCUUCAACUACAACCCCCACCCUGUCGACAUGACCAACUUGACCUUGUCCAGAGAGAUGCAGAACAUGGCUGAGAGGCUAGCCGAGAACGCUCACGACAUCUGGGCGAGGAAGAAGAAAGAGGAGUUGAACACUUGCGGGGGCGGGAUUCACCCCCAAUUGGUUCCCUACGAUUUGCUGACCGACAAAGAAAAGAAGAAGGACAGAGAGCGUUCGCAGGAGUUCUUAAAGUACUUGCAGUAUCAAGGUUAUAAGUUGCACAGGCCUAACCGUGGGGGACAGUCCGAAACAGAGCAAGCUACAGCUGGUCCAUCGGUGGAAUUACGUUUUGCUUACAGCUUAUUGGAGAAGCUUAUCCAGUACUUGGAUCGAGCUACUAUCAACAUGAAAUUGCUCAAGCCUUCUCAGACUUUCAGCAGGAGGAGCUCGUUCAAGACUUCUUCGCGCGAUAUCAAGUUCUUCUCGAAAGUGAUGCUUCCCCUGAUGGAAAAGUACUUUUCCACUCACAGGAACUACUUCAUAGCCAUAGCCACGGCGACUAACAACGUGGGGGCGGCUAGCUUGAAAGAAAAGGAAAUGGUGGCCGCUCUUUUCUGCAAAUUGGCCAGUUUGUUGAGAUCCCGUCUCGCUGCUUUCGGCGCAGACGUCAGGAUCACCGUCAGGUGUUUGCAAGUGCUUGUUAAAGGCAUCGAUGCCAAAUCAUUGGUGAAGAAUUGUCCGGAGUUCAUCAGGACUUCCAUGUUGACGUUUUUCAACAACACCGCUGAUGAUUUGGGACACACUAUUAUAAAUUUGCAGGACGGGAAGUACAGUCAUCUGAGAGGGACUCAUCUGAAAACUUCUACGUCGCUGUCCUACGUGAAUGCUGUUAUUCUGCCGGUUCUAACCUCGCUUUUCGAUCAUUUGGCGAAUUGUGAAUAUGGCAGCGACCUUCUAUUGGACGAGAUUCAAGUGGCAUCUUACAAAGCGUUGCAGUCGCUUUACACUCUUGGGACUGAUCCUACUCUACAUCAUGACAGGAAAUAUCUUAAGACCGAGAUGGAAAAGUACAAACCUACUUUGGGUUCUUGUAUGGGUGCUUUCAGUUCGACUUUCCCUGUGGCAUUUUUGGAGCCCCAUUUGAACAAGCACAAUCCGUUUUCGCUUUUGAACAGAAUCGCUGAUCAUUCUUUGGAAGCGCAAGACGUGAUGGCUAGAAUGGAAGGUGCCAUGCCAACUCUCGAUACCAUCUUAUCCGAAGUGGACCAAUUUGUCGAAAGUGACAAGACUUAUUUAGACGCUCCGCACGUCAUCGACGUCAUAAUGCCGAUGCUGUGUUCUUAUCUACCGUUCUGGUGGUCCCAGGGUCCCGAUAAUGUCAGUCCCACAGGAGGAGCUCACGUGUCGAUGGUGACGUCAGAACACAUGAACCAGCUGCUCAAGAACGUGCUCAAACUGAUCAAGAAGAACAUCGGCAACGAGAACUCGCCGUGGAUGACUCGCAUAGCCGCCUACACCCAACAGAUAAUCAUCAACAGCAGCGAGGAGUUGCUCAAGGAUCCCUUCCUGCCGUUGGCCGAGAGAGUGAAGAAACGCACGGAGGCCAUGUUCCACAAGGAAGAGAGCUUGAGAGGAUUCAUCAAAAGUUCCACGGAAGAUACCUCACAGAUCGAGACGCAAAUCCAAGAAGACUGGCACCUGCUGGUCCGCGACAUUUAUUCCUUCUACCCGUUGCUGAUCAAAUACGUCGACCUGCAGCGCAACCAUUGGCUGAGACACAACGUGGCCGAGGCAGAAGAUUUGUACAACCAUGUGGCGGAGAUUUUCAACAUAUGGUCCAAGUCGCAGUACUUCCUGAGAGAAGAGCAGAAUUUCAUAUCGGCCAACGAGAUCGACAACAUGGUGUUGAUCAUGCCCACUGCUACCAGGAGGACUGUCGUUCCUGAUGGUAGUCAGCCUACUGUGGGAAAGAAAAAGAAGAAGCACCGUGACAAGAAGAGGGACAAAGACAAAGAAAUUCAGGCUUCACUUAUGGUAGCCUGCCUAAAACGUCUAUUACCAGUCGGUCUCAAUCUUUUCGCUGGACGUGAACAGGAACUGGUUCAACAUUGCAAAGAUCGAUUCCUCAAGAAAAUGCCAGAGUACGACAUCAUCGACUUUGCCAAAAUCCAACUAACAUUACCAGAUAAAAUCGAUCCUGCUGAUGAGAUGUCUUGGCAGCACUACCUAUACAGUCAGCUGGGUAGCAAAAAGAGCGUGACGAUAUCUUCGAUCGAUAAUAAUGGUAAAAAUCAACUAGAGGAAACAGUCGAUAGGAUAGUCGCUAUGAGCAAAGUGUUGUACGGUCUUCACAUGAUCGAUCACCCUCAACAGCAGCAGAAAGGCGUUUACAGAAGCGUCGUAUCCACCCAAAGGAAGCGAGCCGUACUGUCUUGCUUCCGGCAAGCUUCUUUGCACAGUUUGCCCAGACAUCGCGCCAUCAACAUCUUCAUACGCACGUACCGCGACUUCUGGCUGCAAGACGAGAACGUCGGCCAAGAGGUGAUGAUCGAGGACCUCACUCAGUCCUUCGAGGACGCCGAGCUGAAGAAGAAGGACGGUGAGGAGGAGGAGGGCAAGCCGGAUCCUCUCACGCAACUGGUGACGACCUUUUGCAGGGGCGCGAUGACAGAGCGUUCCGGCGCUCUGCAAGAGGACCCCCUGUACAUGAGCUACGCGGAGAUCAUCGCCAAGUCGUGCGGUGAGGAGGAGGAGGAGGGCGAGGGGGAGGAGGAGGAGGGCGGCGGCGGAGGUGGUGGCGAAGGAGAGGACGGUACCUCCUCGAUACACGAACAAGAAAUGGAAAAACAGAAACUGCUCUUCAACCAAGCCCGUCUGGCCAACCGCGGUGUUGCCGAAAUGGUCCUGCUCCACAUAUCCGCCUGCAAGGGCGUGCCCUCCGACAUGGUGAUGAAAACGCUCGAGCUGGGCAUCUCCGUGCUGAGGGGCGGCAACUUCGACAUCCAGAUGGGCAUGCUGAACCACCUGAAGGAGAAGAAGGACGUCGGAUUCUUCACUAGUAUCGCGGGGCUGAUGAACAGCUGCGGGUCGUUGGACUUGGACGCGUUCGAGAGGAAUACCAAGGCCGAGGGGUUGGGAGUAGGGUCUGAAGGUGCUGCUGGAGAAAAGAACAUGCACGACGCCGAAUUCACUUGCGCCCUCUUCAGGUUCAUCCAGCUCACUUGCGAAGGCCACAACUUAGAGUGGCAAAACUACUUGAGAACCCAAGCGGGCAACACGACCACCGUCAACGUCGUCAUCUGUACCGUUGAUUACCUCCUCAGACUCCAAGAGUCCAUCAUGGACUUCUACUGGCACUAUUCCAGCAAGGAACUGAUCGAUCCCGCCGGCAAGGCGAACUUCUUCAAGGCCAUCGAAGUGGCCAGUCAGGUCUUCAACACGCUCACCGAGGUCAUCCAAGGACCUUGCACGCUCAACCAGCAAGCGCUGGCUCACUCCAGAUUGUGGGAUGCAGUCGGGGGUUUUCUCUUCCUUUUCUCACACAUGCAAGACAAACUAUCCAAGCACUCCAGUCAAGUCGAUUUGCUCAAAGAAUUGCUCAACCUCCAAAAAGAUAUGAUCACCAUGAUGCUGUCUAUGUUAGAAGGUAACGUCGUGAAUGGUACCAUCGGUAAACAGAUGGUCGACACCUUGGUCGAGAGCGCUGGCAACGUCGAGCUCAUCUUGAAAUACUUCGAUAUGUUCUUGAAGCUCAAAGAGCUGACUUCGACUUCGUCCUUCCAAGAGAUCGACCUCAACAACGACGGCUGGGUGUAUCCGAAGGACUUCAAGGAGAAGAUGGAACAACAGAAGAGCUACACGCCAGAAGAAAUCGAGUUCCUGUUGGCCUGCUGCGAAACGAAUCACGACGGCAAGCUCGACUACAUCGGCUUCAUCGACAGAUUCCAUGAACCGGCCAAAGAGAUCGGCUUCAACUUGGCCGUCCUUUUGACCAAUCUGUCCGAACACAUGCCCAACGAACCGAGAUUAGCCCGUUUCCUGGAGACCGCCGGCUCGGUUUUGAACUACUUCGAGCCCUUCCUCGGGCGCAUCGAGAUAAUGGGCGGCAGCAAACGCAUCGAAAGGGUCUACUUCGAGAUCAAGGAAUCGAACAUCGAACAGUGGGAGAAGCCGCAGAUCAAAGAGUCCAAACGCGCAUUCUUCUACAGCAUCGUUACCGAAGGCGGUGAUAAGGAGAAGCUCGAGGCCUUCAUCAACUUCUGCGAAGACGCCAUCUUCGAGAUGCAGCAUGCCAGCGGCCUAAUGGCUGUAGAAGAGUCUGGAGGCGGAGGCCCCACCAGAGCCACCAGCUACAGCUACAUGACCGACGAGGACGAAGAUAGGGCAGCGAAGAACCCCAUACAGCGCAUGUACCACACCAUCCGGGACGGCGUCUACUACGGGCUGUCCUGCUUGGGCCCGUCGCACAUCAAGCACAAGAUAUCGGAGAUGCAGCAGAUGACGUUCGGCGAGCUGUUCGUGGGUUUCUUCCGGCUGAUCUUUUACGCCUUCUACUACUCCGGUUUUGGUGUAGGCGUGGUGGUCAAGUACGUUUUGGGCGUGCUGAUGUCCUUGAUGCGAGGUCCUGUCAUCGAAGAACCGAUAGUCGAGGUGGUGCAGGAAGAGAAGGUGGGGCCGAUGCGGGUGCUGCCCUCGCUACCGUCAACGGACGAGCAGAACACCCAGAUGCAGGCGUUCGGCGUCGAUAUAACGAAGGAGGACAACGGGCAGUACAAGAUGGCCGCCCACGAAUCGCCUGCGGGCAGCCAACCGUCGUCCGGGGACGGCGAGACCACGCCCGAAGAGGGGGGAGAUCAUGCGGAGGCGGAAACGCCCGAACAGCCGUUAUCUUUGUCCGAUUUGCUCGGCGGCGAACAGGCCAAAAGAGCUCAGCAGGAGAAGGUCGAAGCUCAGGCGGCUCAGCAGGCCGCCAUGCAAGCCAUCGAGACGGAGAGCAAGCAAGUACACACCACAGAGCCCUCUGCCAUGUCUCAAAUCAAUUUCGCUGCGUACGGUAAGAGGGCCGUCUCUUUUCUCGCCAGGAACUUUUACAAUUUGAAGUAUGUGGCGCUGGUGCUGGCCUUCUGUAUCAACUUCAUGCUACUCUUCUACAAGGUGUCCAGCCUGAACGAAGACUCGGGCAGCGGCUCCAAACCCAUCCCCGACAUCCUCGAGGGCUCCGGCGUGUCCGGCUCGGGCUCCGGCGAGUCUGACGACCCGGACGACUCCGGUCCCGAGCUGGUGCACGUCGACGAGGACUUCUACUACAUGGCGCACGUGAUGCGAUUGGCCGCCGCCCUGCAUUCGAUCGUCUCGCUGGCGAUGCUCAUCGCCUACUAUCACCUCAAGGUGCCGCUGGCGAUCUUCAAGAGGGAGAAGGAGAUAGCGAGGAGGUUGGAGUUUGAGGGGUUGUACAUUGCGGAGCAGCCGGAGGAUGAUGAUUUGAAGAGUCAUUGGGACAAGAUGGUGAUAUCGGCUAAAUCGUUUCCCGUAAAUUACUGGGAUAAAUUCGUGAAGAAGAAGGUGAGACAGAAGUACAGCGAGACUUAUGAUUUCGAGUCUAUCAGCAACCUUCUAGGAAUGGAAAAGACUUCCUUCCAACAGCAGCAAGAAUCUGAAGAGAAAAAGAACAUCAUCUCAAUGAUCAUCAACAUCGACUGGCGCUACCAAAUCUGGAAGUCCGGCGUCACCAUCACCGACAACUCCUUCCUCUACUCCCUCUGGUACUUCACGUUCUCCAUCUUGGGCAACUUCAACAACUUCUUCUUCGCCGCCCACCUGUUGGACGUCGCGGUCGGCUUCAAAACUCUGCGCACGAUUUUGCAAUCGGUGACGCAUAACGGCAAACAAUUGGUGCUCACGGUCAUGCUGUUGAUCAUCAUAGUUUAUAUUUAUACGGUGAUAGCGUUCAACUUCUUCAGGAAGUUUUACGUGCAAGAAGAGGACGAGGAAGUUGACAGAAAGUGCCACGAUAUGUUGACGUGCUUCGUUUUCCAUUUGUACAAAGGGGUCAGAGCAGGCGGUGGUAUCGGAGACGAAAUCGAACCGCCAGACGGUGACGAAUACGAAGUUUACCGAAUCAUGUUCGACAUCACCUUCUUCUUCUUCAUUAUCGUCAUCUUAUUGGCUAUCAUUCAAGGUUUGAUCAUCGACGCCUUUGGUGAGUUGCGUGAUCAACUUGAAAGCGUCAAAGAAGACAUGGAAUCCAACUGUUUCAUUUGCGGUAUAGGAAAGGACUACUUUGAUAAGGUGCCCCACGGUUUUGAUACGCAUGUGCAGCAAGAGCACAAUUUAGCGAACUACCUGUUCUUCCUCAUGCACUUGAUCAACAAGCCCGACACAGAAUACACCGGUCAGGAAACUUACGUGUGGAACAUGUACCAACAGCGUUGCUGGGACUUCUUUCCCGUCGGGGACUGCUUCCGCAAGCAGUACGAAGACGAAUUGGGCGGAGGCGGAGGUUAAGGUCUCCAUUUAUCUCUCUUCUAUUUUCGAAUAUCGGAUUUCGAAGUUUUUCUGAAUUUUUGUCAUGCACACACUCGCACGGCAAAGUUGCAGUGUUUGUGAGAGUACAAACUUGUUGAGGCAAAUGAAACUUCUGGGCCUUACUUUAUGAAUAAUAUUUUAUUGUUUGUUUUGUGUUUUAUUGAAAUAAUUUCCCCCAAAGUGAUGAUCAAGAUUUAAAAUAGGACUUAAUAUACAGCGUGAUUCAAUUCGCUCCAGCUCAUCAACCGCUGAAUUCCCAUGUUUUGAGUAAGUGGCUUAUUUUUUCCUUGAAAUUUUUGCUGAAAUUGGCAAAUACGUUCUCUUAAUGAUUAACACACGACAAUUGUUUCGUACACUAUUAUGUGAUAUACACCGUGAAGAAGCAAAUGGUUAGCGAAACAAUUGUGUGCAAAAGUGGAUUUGUGAAAAUUAUUACUGAGGUGAGUUUUUUCUCAUUGUUAUAACGGAUUUUCAUCAAGUAAAAUCCGAUUCAAUUCAUCAAGUGUAACAGCCUCAUCAAACGGAACAAAUUUGCCAUUCGAUAACUAUUGACGUCACCACUCGAAGAAUCAAACACAUAGUUGUCAGAUGUCAAUGUACAUCUGUAAAUAACAGAAGUUUUCUGGCUAUGAACAUCAAUGAAUCAUGAUUCAUUGCUUUUCUAAUAUGCGGAAAAAUUCCUAGUUGCUUUAUUUUCAACUGGGUAAUAUUUCUUUCAUACAGGUAAUGACUUUGUUUGAGUGUAUGGGAGGCUACAUCGCUUCACAUCUUGUAUCUCGUAGAGCACAGAGCGCAGUUGCCGGGUCACCAACGGAUAUGUGAUUCGAAACUCUCAUAGCUCUACUACUCCCUUGAGUAACAAAAAAAUGCGAAUUGCUGGAAAUAUGCGGAUAUGAAGCAAAUCGAAACACACUGUAAUUAUGUAUUUAUACACUUUACAAUCUCUAACAACGGUAUAGAAAAUUAACACGCCUUUGAAAUAUCACAAGUCAACAGCAUUUUUGUAGGUAUUUGAAUAUUGGUUACAUCUAAGAGUCUUUGGUACAAAAGAAGACUAGUGUAAAUGGCAUUCCUCUAAAUAAUUAAAAUGAUUGUAAUGUAAAUAAAUGUGAGUUUGAAGUUAGAGAGAAGAAAAGGAAGGUACUUAAUUUAUAUGCAUCGUCAUUCAGGUUUUCAAACUAUCAAUGAAUUCAUCAACGCUGAUAGGCUGUCUAUGCCUGAGGCUUUUAUCUUCUACUAAAGAAACCUCAUCAUAAUCAACAGAUGAUGAAUCUGAAUCCAAAUCUGAAAAAUUUUCA